CGCCCAGUCCUUAUAUACGCUGAUUUGAAAUAUAGUUUCAUAUAGGAAUAUCAUCCUUUUUAGUUUCAUUAAUAUUUUAAGCCUCUUGUACGUAGUCAAGUUCUGUUAUUUUCACCAUCAAUGGUUGUGGUGGGUUUGUAAAUACCUCUUUAUCUUUAAUCAGAAGUAUCGGGUUCAAGUUCUGGGAUUGAAGUCGUCUUUGGUAAGAAGAACUAUACCCCAAAGCGGGACUUGCCGGGGAGUGAAUCAAUCGGAAUUAAUCGGAACCAGACACCGGCUGAGAAACCAACAAAACAAAAAAAAAGUCUGUUAUUUUCUUUGUCAUCUAGUUUGUGUUGACUACCUUUUAACUAGGAUUUAAGUUACAUAUUACAUUAUUAGGACAGUUUAACACAUGAUAGUAGUUUAGUUAGCAAUUAAUACCUUGCCAUAAAUUUGCAUACAAUUACUUUAUAAAUGACUUGAGUUAUAAAUAUUUUUCUUUUGCGACUUUAAUGCAUAAAACUUAAACUCCUAACCAACUAACAUUGUUUGUUCAAUAAUAAGGUAGGUACGAAGUAAAAUGUCCUUAGAAUCUGAAAUGGUGGACAUCAUUACAAUCUCAAGACUACAAUCUAUACCAAGAAAGCGUCAAAUACCAAAAGUUCCAUUAUUCAUGAGAAUUGACAAUCAAAAUAGUGAUGACUAUGAUCCUAAAGUGGUUUCAUUGGGACCUUACCAUCAUGGAAAGCCAGAGCUCAAUUUUGUUGAAGAUUUCAAGCACAAGUCUCUAGAAAUGUUCAUUCAUGGCAGUAAUAAAGACCAAAAAUUUUUCCUCGAAAACAUUCUCGAGGAGAUUGAGGAUGUUCGAAGUUGUUACCUCGAAGAAUUCACGAAUAAGUAUAACGACUAUGAUUUUGCUCGAAUGAUGCUCCUUGAUGCAUGUUUCGUUCUAAAUGAUAUCGAGAUAGUAACAAGGUCUACACCAAAUUCUGCGUCUAAACAAACCAACACAAUCAAGCAUCUUGGUAUUGCAGUUUAUUUGAUCACUAGACGUGACCUAUAUUUGCUCGAAAAUCAGGUACCCUUUCGGAUUCUCAAGCUCUUGGUUAAGUUGAGAUAUGGGGAUGAUGAAGGUAGUGGAUAUUAUCCAUUUGAAGAGAAGGUGAAAAGCUAUUGUUCACAAAUGUUUUUCGAUAAGCAAGAAGACAACAUAGAAGAGAACGCGAUGAUGGAGAUAGAACCUCCUCACCUUCUUGAAGUUUUUCGACGAGUACUUGUCACUGGUAACGAUGAAGAAGUUAAUGUCAAACAAUCGCGUUGUGAUUUCAUCUUUGAUUAUUUUCUUGAUCGUUUUAGAAAGAAUCAUGAGUUAGUACACAAACCAGCAUUGCUCACAAAUGUGUUUCGUUCAGUUAUAGAUUUGAAAUCAAAGGGCAUUCAUUUUAGGCCUAGUGGAAUUGAUUCUUUAAAAGGUGUAAGAUUUACAUCUCACUAUUACUAUGCAAAACUCAAAUUACCAUGUUGGUAUGUUUCAACAUACACUAAAGUAUUUUUCAUGAAUAUGAUAGCUUAUGAAUUGUGCCCAAAUAGUCCAAAUGAUAGAGCUGUGGUAUCUUACAUAAAUUUCAUGAAAUCUCUUGUGAUUUCACCCAAUGAUGUGAAAGAACUAAGAGAAGAGAAGAUUAUAUUCAACACAUUGGGAAGUGAUGAAGAAGUGGUACAAGUUUACAAAGGAUUAAAGACUUAUGGGGCAGAUGAUCCUUUAAUUUUCAAGAAUGUGAAGAGGAAUAUUCAAGAACAUUACAAUAGCAAGGGGAAAACUUGGAUUGCUGAAUUGAUAGAUACAUAUUUUAAUAGUCCAUGGUCUCUAACUGCUUUAGUUGUUACUAUUUUUCUUACUUUCUUGACUGUUGUUCAGACUUAUUAUGGUAGCCCAUUUUAUCAUUCUCAUGAAGAGAAUAUGUGAUUUUACUGUGUGUGUUGAUUCAUGUUUGUUAUA